GGUGUGUUGGACAACAAUGUGCUCUAACUAGGAAAGACUUGUGCACUUUGUAAGUGUCGUGCAAAACCUCUUUUCUCGGAUCCUAUUAGCCUAAACAUGUAUUCGACAAUUUAUGAAGGGGUUAUAUAAUACUUAAGUGUUUAAUACUUUAGUCUCAAUAAAUUUUUAAAAUGAAAUAAUAUGAUGUUUAUCCAAAAAAAAAAAUCUUAAAAAAAAUCCAAAUUCAAACUGAAAAUUUCCGAACAUCCAAUCUGAAAUAAUCAAAAUAUAAAUCCAAUUAGAAAAUCUAAAUUUCGAUCGGCUAACACACAAAUCAGAUCAGCCUAAUUGAAUUUUUUACCCCUUAAGAUAGUCCGAUCCAAUGCCAUCUUUACCACGGAUUAUCGUCUAUAUUAUUCGGUCAUCUCUAGUUCAAAGACAGACAACAUUCUUCAAAAAAACAAAAGUCAUAAAUCCCUCGUGGCCUCGUGGGUCUUCGUCUUCUUCCUGGGUCCAACUUUACAAAGCUGACAGCUGACUCCUCAAAAGAUAACUCGCCUACUUUUUAAAAUUAAAACUUGAAAAAUAAAAAUCAAAAAGUAGAACUGUACUAGACUAUUACUCUACUAGACUCUGCUUUACUACACUUGAAUAAUAAUGCAAGUCGACGUCCUUCAUCCUUUUCUCUCAUCUCUCAAAUUCUCUCCACAAAAUCUUUGCCAUUUUUUCUUGGAUUUUUGAAUAGUUCAUUAUUUUUUCUCAUCUGGGUCAAAUUUGUAUGGUUUGAAAAUAAAUCCCAUUGCCCAGAUUUUCGUGUUUUCAAUUGAUUUCUAUUGGGUCCACAUUAUUAAUUUCCAAAACCCCAGAUACCAAACCCCAUCAACAAAUGAAAAUUUCAAAAACCCAGAAAAAAUUCGGAGAAAAAACCCUAGAUUUUUGCUUCAGUAUAUCAAUUUUUGCUCUAAAUUUGCUAUUUUCUCAUUGAGGAAUUUAUAUAAGCACUUGGUGGGCAUUGUGUAAUUAAUUACUCCGUUGAAAAUUUCUGGGUUCAGAUGUCAUUUUCAGGCACACAAAUUCUUCACCAGUACAAACUUUUUCCUCUUUAGCUGGUAUGCUUUUUCUUAUUGAUUGUACAUCUUAUUGCCUAAUUCAUUUUGGAAAAAUAUGGCCGUUGAAACCAUAGGUUCGAUGUUUUGAUUGGGAUUUUGUCAAUCUUAGUUUGCUCAACAUUAUGUUAAUGAAAAGCUUUUACUCGAAGUACAAAUUAAGUGUACAACACCCAUUGUAAAUCUCAGAGUAAUUUGUGCCAUCUAAAAUGCUCAAUCGUUGCAUUUUUGUAGGUAGUUCAGCUUUACUGCUUUGCCUAUAUCUUGUGUCAUUGCUGUUUUCUGUUGCUGUGUCAGAAAUUUCUCUGGGUUCAAAGCUUUCUGUUUCUGAUAAUAGAUUGUGGGUUUCUCCAAAUGGGGAUUUUGCUUUGGGUUUUUUCAAUAAUUCAGAUCAUGUAAAUCAGUAUAGUUUAGGAAUUCGGUUCGAUUCGGACACCAUACCUAUUGAUAAGAAGGCUGUAGUUUGGGUUGCUGGUGCAGAACUCACAAUAAGUAACCAGUCCUAUCUACAACUCACACAGAGAGAAGGAUUAGUUUUAUUUGAUCCUUCGAAUGGUGGAGUUGUAUGGAAGAGUGACACGGCUGGGAAGCCUGUUGCUUCUGCCUCCCUGCAGGAUGAUGGAAAUUUGGUUGUUUUGGAUGGAAACAAGGAUUUGGUGUGGCAAAGUUUCGAUACACCAUCUGAUACACUCUUGCCAGGCCAGUUUUUGUCUGUCCACAAAACUCUUCGUGCUCUGAGUGGAAAUUCGGUUUCGAGUCACUAUAGUUUAUAUUUGAAUGACUCGAGGCAGCUGCAGUUGAGGUGGGAAACCGAUAUUGUAUACUGGGUAGGUGGAAGCCCUUCAAAUGGGUCACUUAGGGCUUCCCUUAGCUCAAAUGGUUCCUUCCAACUUCUUGAUGAAAGAUUUGAAGCUUUUUGGUCUGUAUUCGCGGAAGAUCACAAUGACAAUGUGACAUUCCGGUUUCUUAGGUUAGAUGUUGAUGGAAAUCUUCGAAUGUACUCAUGGGAUGAAGAUUCAGUAUCAUGGAGAUCAGUGUGGCAAGCUGUUGAGAAUCAGUGUGAUGUUUUUGCAACAUGUGGCGAUCAUGGAAUUUGUUCCUUUGCCAAUAAUAGCCUCCCUACAUGCAAGUGCUCAUUUGGGUCAACUAUGCAGUCAAACUCAAAGUGUUCGGCUCCCUAUCAGCAGAUAUGUGACACUAAUGUUAGUAUGGUGGAACAUAUGCACACUUCAGUUUAUGGGAUUUAUCCGCCAAACGAUACAGUCAGUGUAACCAGUUUAGACCUUUGCCGGAAUUCUUGUCAGAAAGACCCACUUUGCACUGCUGUGACAUACUUGGAAGACGGAAGUGCACAAUGUUGGAUUAAGAAAACACGGUAUAUUACUGGUUAUUCAGAUCCAUCCCUGAGUUCCAUAUCCUUUGUCAAGACAUGUCAGGAUCCCCUACCCGCCAAGCCUAACUAUCCUGCUGCUGCUUCUCUGCCGCCGCCCUCUUUCUUGCCCUCUAAUAACCAGUCAAGUAGAAGCCAUAUUCGUUCUGUAAUUGAUGCCGCUUUGGUUAGCUUCUGUCUGUUUUGUAUGCUUCAGAUAGCUGUUGGAUUUUGGGUCUGCAAAAGAAGAGUGACAAAUGUCAGGAAGCAAAAUAGUUUGCCUUCUCAUGGUUUAUUUUCUGCUGGCUUGGUCAGAUGGACAUAUGGUGAAAUCAAGGAGCUAACUGGGAACUUCAAGGAUCAAUUAGGGCCACACUCAUAUAAAGCUGUGCUUCAAAACAACCAACUUGCACUAGUCAGGCGGCUAGAAUUACAAAUUGAAGAGAGGAAAUUUAGAGCAAUGGUUUCAUUGAUUGGAAGCAUUCAUCAUAAGCAUUUGGUGAAGGUGGAGGGUUUUUGUUGUGAUCCAGGGCACAGAUUUUUAGUGUAUGAGUUUCUAAAGAACGGCUCACUAGAAGACUUCAUGCAUCGUCCUGCAUCAUGCAAAAAGCUUACUUGGAAAAAUAGAAUGUUGAUUUGUCUCGGUGUGGCAAAAGCCAUGUUGUAUUUGCACACUGAGUGUAGGGAUUUUGUAAGCCAUGGGAAUUUGACUUGUAAGAAUGUGAUUCUGGAUGAAAACUUGGAAGCUAAGGUCACAGAAUUUGGCCUACAGAGACUAGAUGGAAUUGAUACUUUUGCUGAGAAAGAUGUGGAAGACUUUGGAAAGAUGGUGCUGUAUCUCAUAUGUGGGCGCCAAGAAGUCCAUGAAGACAGUUGUGAGUGGUCUUACAACAAAUGGGUUAGCGGGUAUGGAUGGAGGGUUAUGGAUAAGAGAAUUGUAGGUGAUGUUGACUUUGAAGAGCUAGAACGUGCUCUUAGAAUCGCAUUUUGGUGUUUGCAAGUUGAUGAAAGAAUGAGGCCAUCAAUGGGUGAGGUUGUGAAUGUUUUGGAGGGUACAUUGACAGUUGAUCCUCCACCGCCCCCAUUUUCUAACUCGAGAGCUUUACUGGAAGACAGAUCAACAGAUUCAGAGGUGGUUUAAAGAUUAUUCUCCUGCCAAUUCCAUGUAUAGCAGCACUAACUUUGUGGCAAGGAAACUGUAAAAUUUGAAGGAUUACAUUGGUUAGGAUAAAUCUUUGAUCACAUUUAGGGCUAACAAAAAUUGUUUUAGUAUUUGGUGAGUGAAAGACUGACAAUUGAUAGCCUUGGUAUGUUUAACACUCAUUUUCAAUAAUGAUUUUUUUUGAAAUCUAUUUCUUUCGUUCCCAUGCCUAAUUCCUCUGUAGUAG